CAUUCAGUGCUAAAAGCUAUAGCAUUACAGUCUUUUUGACAAGGAGCAUUGCUUUCCUUCCUCUGUAAGCACAUGGAAGUACUUAUGUCGGUUUUAUAUUGGAAUAAGCAGAUUCCUUCUUUAUACAGCUAAUACCAGCUGCUGUAAUUCUUAAAUAGCCCUAUUUUUAUUUUUCGUUGAGACGGGGAGGUGGGUCUGUUGCUUACGUCGCUUGCCGAUGUCGUAAACUGUUUAUUUCUACUGUUGUGGAUAUGGCGAUGUUUCGCAGUUUGGUUGCUUCGGCUCAGCUUCAUCACCGGCAACAGCAAGGGGCCCAUUCAACAGUGGAUACCUGUGACAGCUUGGAGACACAAUACAGUUGUCCAAUUUGUUUGGAGGUGUACCAUAAGCCUGUGUCCAUUGGCAGCUGUGGCCACACGUUCUGUGGAGAAUGUUUGCAGCCGUGCCUUCAGGUACCAUCCCCCCUUUGCCCACUCUGUCGAAUGCCGUUUGACCCUAAAAAAGUGGAUAAAGCUUCUAAUGUGGAUAAGCAGCUUUCAUGCUAUAAAUCUCCCUGUAGAGGAUGCAGUAAGAAGGUCACAUUGGCAAAGAUGAGGUCUCACAUUUCCUCCUGUUCAAAGGUUCAGGAACAAAUGGCCAAUUGUCCAAAGUUCGUACCUGUGGUCCCUACAUCACAGCCUAUACCCAGUAACAUUCCAAACCGUUCAACGUUUGUUUGCCCAUACUGUGGAGCCAGAAACUUGGAUCAGCAGGAAUUAGUGAAGCACUGUAUGGAGAAUCAUCGGAAUGACCCUAAUAAAGUUGUAUGUCCAGUCUGCUCAGCAAUGCCAUGGGGUGAUCCAAGUUACAAGAGUGCUAACUUCUUACAGCAUCUUGUCCAUCGACAUAAAUUCUCAUAUGAUACUUUUGUGGACUACAGUAUCGAUGAAGAAGCAGCGUUACAGGCAGCCUUAGCCCUGUCUUUAUCCGAGAACUGAUAAUCUAUCCCAUCGGGCCUGCAUCCAUGUCAGGCUCACCACCUUGUUUGCACAAGUCACCUUUUCACUUGAACAGGCAAGAGACUUGCCACCUCGCCAGCAUUCCAUAUAGUUCAGAGACACUUUAUUUUUACAGCCACGUCUUUUCCUUCUUAAGGUGGAAUCUUUAUCAUGGCAAUUAGAAAGGGGAUGGGGAACAGUUUAAGCAAUAUUGUGGGUCCCAUAAAACUUAUUGUCUAGAGUGGAAAUGAGAACCAUUUUUUUUAAAGUUUAUGUAAGUGAUGUGAUGUAAGUUAAAAAAAAAUGUAUGUCGACAGAAAAAAAUAGUAUUACUAAUUGUGUUGACAUCUUUAGAACUUGUUUUCUUUGUUCUCGUUAGCCAUGAUGCUCUUUGAGAGAAGUGGCUGUGUCUCAUAAGUAAUUUUGUUAUGGUACUCCAGAGGUGUAUAUCUGAAAUAUAGGGGGUAAUCUUGAGAAAAAGCCCUUAUAAGAUAUGUACUGCCUUACUUUUAGUUUAUAUUGAGCUCCAUUUCUCCUUCCCUUAGUUUUUAUAUCUAAUUACUUCUGACUUCAAGAAGAGAAUUGCAACAGUAUAGUAAAUAGGCAUCUAACCAUUUGUCAUCGUCCAGCCUGAGUAUUCCAUUAGUUUGAAGUACUGCUGUGUCCUGUGCAAGUAACUUCUGUCUUAUGGCAAUACCAGCCUUGGCUAGUAUUACCUCAUGUGAAGCUGGUUAGCUGGUUUCACCUAAUGUCAUCCUCUUUUUCUACUUAGACUGCUUUUCACUCUGUUGCAUUUUUUAUUACAGUUGUACCUUCUUGCUUUACUGUGUGUGUAUGUGGGGGGAGUAUAUUGGCAUGCUAUAGAAAGUUGUUUACAUUGUGGAUAAUUUAGUAAAACUACUAAUGUCAUGCUUUUAGAAGCCUUUUUUCGCCACAAGGAAGUUGACAACAACCCCUCUUGCCCCCUUGGAAGAGGUGAGCAGACUAUGCCCUUUCAGUCCUUCCCCUCUCUGACUAGCUCCCCCAGGGCCAUGGCCACUAGUAGCCUGGGAUGCAGUCCAGAAAUCUGUUACUUGCAUCACCGAGCAAGGUGUUUCUUGAAAACCUUUCAGGUUAACUCACUGCAGUGGAAGAUUAAACCUCAAAUGAAAGACUUAAGAAAGGAGAAUGAUCUCUGACAGCAUGGAGCAAAAAAACUAGAAGGGAAGUAAAGCUGAUUUCUAUCAGAAUGAUGAAGAAACUAGGCACCUUCAUCGGUCACUGUGGGGAGAGUCCAUAUCACCCACCCCAGCAAAGGUUUUGGAGAAAUUUAACAGGCGUUGGAAAACAUUAAUUUCAGGAUGAUUUUAUUUAGCAUAGAAACUAAUACUUCAUCAAAGUAUAUUGUGCAAACAGUCAUGUAUGGUGCUGUAGAGAAUAAGAUCAAGGUAUAGAGUACUUAAAAAAUUUUCUUUACUGAUAAAACCUUAGCCAUUGCAAGGGCUGAUCAGUGUGAGGCUGACAAUCUGCUUUCUAUCUUUUUGUAGAUAGGUACUUUAAAGGAAAACUCCACCUCAGAACUGAAAUGUGUUUUUUUUCUGUUCUUUGUUUUUUAAGAUGUCUUAAUGAAACAGUCACUUUGCAUUCUUCUUAUAAUAUUUGCAUUCUUCUUAUAAGAUUUUAAUGUUUUUAUUCUCAAAGUGGUCAUCAUGGGUUCUGUCAUAUUGACAUGAUCUUGUUUUACUGCUUUCAUGUUUCCUUUCCAGAAUCUAUUUCAAGUCCCCUUUAUGUAUGAACUAUGCUAAACUUUAGGAAGUGGUAUUGCCUUUCCAUAGGGUUGACAUACAGUGGAAGUGUGAGUCACACUCAUUUCACACAUUUUCUGCAGUAGGAAUAUAUGCAUUUUUUCCUGAAUUAUUUUAAUAACUUGGUCACAGUUGGUUUUAUUUUAUUUACAGCAGUUGUACAGCUCCAGACAAGUAAAGUAACUAAACUGUA